AUGUCUACCUGGGUUUACCCUCCCAUACCUCCCGACGAGCUUCGAAAAGCCGAGAACGACUCCUUGAAACUUGAGCUGCAAUGGCUGCUUCAGUCGCUGCAACGUGCCCUGCCUGCCCUCAAAGAAGCCCUGGAGGAAUGUGCUGCAUUGUUGGCUCCCAAAGAACCGGGGUCGACACUGGUCUUGUCAUCUCUGCGAUCCGAAAGUGUCAAAGGCUUCGUCACUAGGGUCGGCACCAAUCUUGUCAAAGGCGACAUCCAUCUUCGACUGACGACGCUGCCACCAAACACUCCAAGAGGCACCACCACUUCUACCCCAUCUACUCGCCACAUAUUUCAUUCUUCGUCCUCAUCCGCCGAGAUCGUCAUUGCACAGCUGUUGGCUGUCAAGUCCCUGCUUAACGACUCACUUGACAUAAUUGACGUCUCACGGUGGACCGGUCAGUCGACCGACUCUUCCUUCAUCUCGGGUCAGUUGAAGCUGCUACAUGAUCACUUGCGUGAGGCCAAGGCCUGCUUGAAAGGCCCUGUGGCCGGCGCCGACAUCUCUUCUAUCCCCGGGGUUGAAUGGUGGACGAAUAGCCCUGAUGAAAUUGUCUUCCAACCCCCGCUUGGGGAACAUCUUAGUUUGCACUUCACCAUUCAGGACGCCAAUCUCGUCCUCACGGUCCGGACCCUGACUCCAACCUCUCCUGGCGGGACUCCCAGCACGCCUUCCGAGGGAUCUUUUUCUCUCUCUGGGCUCAACCUGAGGUCGAGGUUGCUCGGCCUGGGUCCCAAGCCUCCAAAUCAUGACGAAAUGGGCGAAAUUUAUGAAUGGCGUGGUCGACAAGAUGUUAUUGUGCGUGAAAAGGUCCGAGUCGAGACGAGCGAUCCCAGUUUGCUGAGCAUUGCCGCAAAAUUGAGUGCGCUUGAGCAUGAAGUCGCUCGCUGGAGGAUGAAUCUCAGGAUCAUUCUGACGGGCAGUACUGAGGAGGACUGA